AUAUCCGCCCACUGCAGCACAACACAUUCUGCACGUUCCACAUGCGCCGCAGGUGCGCUGGGCUCUGAUCCUCUAGCGCUCAUGGACCCUGACACAGAGCGAUUAUAAAGCCCACAUACAGCCCCUGUCUGCUGCAUGUGCCAUUCUUUAUCCUCUCUUGAGGGACAAGCCCGUAGCAUUAGAUAUCACUCUGAACAAACUUUCGUUCAAUGAAUGCAAGGAGCUCAAGACAAAAGCCAUUUCUUCAGCACGCAAUGGAUUCGCAGUUGGAGAGUUUGGCUUUGGAGCAAGUGGUUCCGGCGCUGUUGGACCAAGGCUUCUUUUACGUUGACCACUUUCUGGGGGACAUAGCGGGCCACAUGGUUCUGGGUCAGGUCAAGCGCAUGCAUUACUGCGGGCUUCUCAACGACGGGCAGCUGGCCAGAAGAAGCAAUGGAGUUUGCAGGAGAAGCAUCAGAGGAGAUAAAAUAACAUGGGUUAACGGGACCGAGAGGGGCACGGAGGCUGUCAAUUUCUUAUUAACACUCAUAGACAAACUCAUUUCUCUGUGUGUGGGUCAACUGGGCAAAAGUAUACGCGCACGGUCAAAGGCGAUGGUGGCUUGUUAUCCAGGAAAUGGAGCAGGAUAUGUGAAACAUGUAGAUAACCCUAAUGCAGACGGCCGCUGCGUCACCUGUAUCUACUAUCUGAAUAAAAACUGGAAUGCAAAGGAGCAUGGCGGAAUGCUAAGGAUCUUUCCUGAAGGAAAAUCUUACGUAGCCGACAUCGAGCCUUUGUUUGAUCGACUUCUGCUUUUCUGGUCAGAUCGUAGAAACCCUCAUGAAGUUCAACCGUCAUAUGCUACAAGGUAUGCAAUCACUGUGUGGUACUUUGAUUCAGAGGAAAGAGCUGAAGCAAAAAGAAAAUUCAGAGAUCUGACAGCCAACACACAGGAAGGUUCAUCAUCUUAACACAAAUACACUGGCCUGUCUCCGCCGAGAGGAUUUCUUUUGUCUACUGUCUUAUUUCUUUCCUUUUUUCUUCUAUUUUUACAUGACUUGUUGCACUAAAGGUACCUCUCCCCAAACUUUGUAUUUGUGAUUUACUACUUUUGAAUCCGGUCCUUAAAAUAAGUGAAGAGUCCUUUGAAUAACCUGCUGCUAACGUAAAGACAAUUUUGUGCAAAAUGUGAGAAUCUUAAGACUGAUUAAUGCAUUAUUAGAUGUUUAUUGUAAUUAAAUUCUUCUUUUUAAAAACUUUUUAGAGCUAUAUUGUCUAGAUGUAUAAAAAUAAAAUAAUGAGGAAUAGAUAAGAGAGAGAUAUAUAACAGUAGUUAUUGUAUGUUUCAAAAAUAUGUCAUCAAGCAUCAUAAAUAUGUUCUUUUAAUGCUUGUCCCUUUUUGUUACAUGCUAUUAUUUGCUGUUUUGGCACAUAUUUGAAUGUUAUUUACGCAAUUUUUGAACACUUCAGUAGAAAGGAACUUGUCAGUGGACUUUUGAGUUGUGUAUAUAUAGAUGCUUUAUUAUUUUUGAAUGACAGUUUGAUGUUGAAUGAGACUCUUUCAAACAGAGAUGUUUAUAAAAGUCAUUCUGUACUGUUCACAAACUUUUAAAAAGCACUUGGUCAGAUGAUAUUGCUUUAUUUGUUCAGUCUCAGUGUGUGUUAGUGUUUAAUGAGAGAAUUGAAUCAGCUUGCAUGCAGGUCAGCAAUGCUGCUCAACCACACCCUCGGAUCAAUAUUAUCUGACAGUUGUUUCAUAACGUUUUGAGCUUUAUAAAAUGUUUCUUUUACAAAAGUUGUUCUGGAAAAAAAAAAAUCUCAAAAUGUGUGAACAGGUUAGUUCAUGUACUAACUGUACACAAACUGAGAUUUACAACUAUUUGAAAUGGCCAGAUUAAACAAUGUGUUGAAAUGUUUUCAAUUGUCUAAUUGUUUAUAUUAUAGUUUUGUUUCAGUAAUAAAGUUUUUUUUUUCCCUUGGCCAUUAUAUACCA